AUGGCUUCCUCCUCGUCCUCUUCAAAUCUUGUUAGGACUUACGAUGUCUUCCUCAGCUUCCGAGGGAAAGACACCCGAUACACCAUCGUUAGCCAUUUGUACCAAGCUCUUAGUUUGAAAGGACUCUUUACUUUCAAAGAUGAUAAGAGGAUCGAGGUAGGCCACAACAUUUCCGACCGGCUCCUCAAAGCUAUAAAAACUUCGUGGUUCGCUGUGAUUAUCAUCUCGGCAAACCACGCUACUUCAACUUGGUGUUUAGAAGAGCUCAGAACGAUAAUGGAGCUACACAAAGAGAAUAAGAUUGAAGUGGUUCCCAUCUUUUACGGAGUGGAGCCUUCGGACGUGAGAUACCAGAUAGGAAGCUUCAAGGCUGCGUUUCAAAAAUACGAUGAAUCUCUAGAAAUGAGCGACAAGGUUCUCAAAUGGAGAGACGCUCUCGUCCAAGUCAGUAAUCUGGCAGGCACGCAUUCUAGCCAAUGCAUGGAUGAGGCAGCGAUGAUAGCCAAAGUAGUUGGAAGUAUCUCAACUCGAUUGCGAAUCAUCAAGCCUACAGAAAUGAUGAAUUUUGUUGGAAUGGACGUUCACAUGGACCGAUUGGACCCUCUAUUGAGUAUGGAAUCAGAAGAUGAGGUUCGAAUGAUAGGAAUCUGGGGCAUGGGUGGCAUUGGCAAAACCACCAUUGCCAAGUGUCUUUAUGCUCGGUUUGAACAUCAAUAUCAAGCUUGUUUCAUGAACGUUUGGGAGAAUUAUAAUAAUGAACAUGGUGGUGGUGCAAAACAUUUACAAAUGAAAUUGCUUUCGGAUAUCACCCGCGAUCCGGAUAUCAAGCUUUGGAGCGCAGAAGCUGGAUACAAUGAUAUAAAGUCAAGACUCGGGCACACAAAGGUGUUUCUUGUGCUUGAUGGUGUGGAUAAACUGGAGCAGAUAGAUGCACUGGCAAAAGAGGCAAGCUGGUUUGGUCCAGGUAGCCGAAUCAUCAUAACGACACGAGACAGGGGUCUACUCAAUGCUUGUCGAGUAAACAAUGUACAUGAAGUGAAGUGCUUGGACGAUAAGUAUGCGCUUCAGAUAUUCAAACAGUCUGCUUUUAGAGGAGGGAUACCUCACUGUGACGGUUUUGAACAUCUAUCAGUUCGAGCUUCUCAGCUUGCUCACGGCCUUCCUUCUGCUCUCGUAGCGUUUGGUGAACAUCUCAGUCAAAAGACAACUAUUCUGGAGUGGAAACAAGAAUUAGAUACACUUGAAAAAUCCCCUCAUGAAGAUGUCCAGAAGAUUUUGAUGACAAGCUAUAAUGGUUUAGACCAACGAGAUAAGAUUGUCUUCCUUCAUGUGGCAUGCCUCUUCAACAGAGGCUAUCUCCACCAUAUCACAACAUUUUUCGAUAACGGUGAUUCAAGGCUAAAUCGCUUAGCGGCAAAGUCUCUCGUCGAUAUAACAAGGGAUGGAUCUGUGAAUAUGCAUUUCUUAGUAGUACAAACUGGAAGAGAGAUUGUGUGCCAAGAAUCAGGAGGGAGGCCUUUCGAACAAAGGUUUUUAUGGGAUACUAAAGAGAUUUGCAGUAUACUCGAGCAUAACAUAGGUUCGGCUAAACUUGAAGGCUUGGCACUGCAAAUGUGUGAGAUGACUAAUAGAUUACCUACGAGGAGUACUCGUAAUGAUAUUACCCCUAUGUAUAAUCUCAAAUUUCUCAUGUUCUUGGGUGACACAUAUUCCAACCUGAAGCUAAAUGGUUAUGGCCUUUCCAAUAAACUUAAGUUACUACAUUGGGAUUUCUACCCAUCAACAAGAUUGCCUAUUAACUUCCGAAUGGACAACCUUGUUGAAAUCAAUCUGCGAAACAGCAAACUUGUCCACCUUUGGAAUGGACCCCAAUGGCUUCAUAGCCUAAGGAGACUAUAUCUGUCAGGAUCUAGGAAUCUAACAAAACUUCCAGAUCUUUCAACUGCUGUGAACCUUGAGGAGUUGAUAACGGACGGCUGCAGAAGUCUGAAAAGAAUCCAAGGGUCCAUAAAUGGUUUAAACCUGAGGAAACUCAAUAUGAUCCAAUGUGAUAGCCUCAAGGGUCUCCUACACGUUACUCUUCUUCAUGAGAUCAACCCCAGUCGCAGGGGUCGCCAAAAAAUGAUAGUGACGUUCUCAAGUACGAGGGAAACAGUGGCUUUUCCUACAGAUUUGUCCAUCGACGGGAAAAUAUCUAUUCAGUUGUUGGGUCUCAGUGGAAAUGCAGAGCACCUCUCCUUUAGUACCGUGCAGAUCACUCAUGAACUGAUGGAGGUGUCACAUAAAACAGUAACGCCUCUGCCCAUGUCAGACUCGGAUACAUACAUUUUUGAAUCACUCCACAUAAGACGGUUCAAAUACAAUAAGGAUCGUACUUCUUUAAGCUGUUACAGCUUUUCAAACUUUGCUUGUUUGACAAAGUUAAAGCUGAUCAAUUUAAACAUCCAAGCAAUUCCAGACGAUAUUGACCAGUUGCAACUUCUAAAGACAUUGGACCUUAGUGGAAAUGAUUUCGCGUAUCUACCUUCAACAAUGCGAGUACUGGCCAAGUUGAAGUAUCUCAGCCUUGGAAACUGUCGCGGACUUGUCGCAUUGCCACAACUUACUCAGUUGGAGAUGCUCAUACUUUCUGACUGUGUGAACCUCCGUUCGUUGCUUGGACUUCAUGUCGUGGAAGAACACGAUACAAACUGCUUGCUUGAGCUUUGGCUUGACAACUGCAAUAAUGUUCAGCUAUUGUCGGAAAGCCUGAGUCGUUUCACCAAAUUAACAUAUUUAGACCUUAGCAGGCAUGACUUUGUGGCAUUGCCUUCAAGCAUCAAAGAGCUUUCAUCGUUGGGAACUCUCUUCUUUAAUAACUGCAAGAAGCUCAAAUCAAUAGAAGAGCUUCCAUUGAGCAUCCAGUAUCUCUACAUACACGGCUGCGAGUCCCUCAUGAAUUUCUCCCUUUCCUCAAACCAUUCGACCAAACACCUCGAUCUUAGCCAUUGCUUCAGUCUACGUGAGAAAGAGCAUUUGACUAGUAUGUUCUUCUAUGACGAACAUACUCAAGUGGUUACACCAGCAUUUGCUUGUUUGCCAAGAAUCGGAGGGUCCAGCUCCAACGAUUGCCAAACUCAAGAGAAAUCUCAGAGAAUCUACCUACCUAGGCUUGCACCAAAGCUUCUUGGUUUCAUUGUUUUUGUAGAGAUUGUUUGCGAGGAGCCUUUACGUCUGCAAUUUCCGGCGUUUCCAUGUAAGUGGAACUGGGAAGCUGGCCGGGUACUUCGGAUUGACCUCAAACCUAAUAUCUAUCUUUCUACGAACAUGAAAGCGGAAAAGGCGGCUCCAUCGCAUCACUUGAUUACCAUCCACGUUCCAUUUAGUAUGAACAACGAAGACGUCAGGUUGCAAUUCCAAGUCCAUCUUCUACUUCCAAAAGAGUCUCAGAUUCCACAUGCCAAAAUAAGAUUCGAGAUACUCCCUCCGUUUCAAAUUAACGGUCCUUCUUGA